AUGCCUCCGCAAAUGUCCUCGACCUCAUCGUCAGCUGUUCUCCGGAAGCGACCCAUUGACCUAGACUUGUCCAAUACCAACAUCAAGAAUGUUGGUGCCAGAACACCUCUACCCGCUCUCGCUACGGCGCGCAAUAUUGAUGAUAUUAGGACGGUUCAAUAUCCCGAGGGAGUUAUGAGUCCUAAACCCAAGCUCAAUGCCAAUGUUAAAGACGGUAGAUUCAGAUAUGAUCGCGGUUUCCUCCUCCAGUUCAUGGGAGUUUGUACUCAGAAAGCAGAUGUGCCCUCUCUUCUUGAACCCAUCAUUGGUUUGGAGUCGGUGUAUCAGGCCCCUCUGGGGAGACUCGUGGUGGUUCAGGGCGCCAUCGCCAAGGUUCGGGCCCUGCUGCGCCGUCACAGAAAGCGUCAGUAG